CUGUCACUGUAAUUUUCAAGGGUGGUAGAGAGAGAUCUUCUUUUCUGAAAAAGCUGUUUUUUAUUUACUUUUAUCUUCUCAAAUUACUACUGAAUCAUAUUUGUUCCUAAUGGACACAACAAAAGAUACAAUGUCGCUUAAUUCAUCUGUAAACUCGGCAUUACAGGAUCAUAGUGAAGAUUUAAAUACGGUAUCGACAAAGAACUACGUGAAAGAGUUGCUGAAGUCAAGAAUAUUUUUAGGCCGCUAUGUAGAGCGUAGACUUGUCGAUAAAUAUAUCGGUUAUCGCGACAUAAUUGUACUAAGUCCAGCAGAAACAGAACUAAGAAGAGAUUUAGAAGAGAGUUUGCACAAACUGCGAUCACUGAACAGGUUUAGAUGGAUUGGUAUUACUGACACUGAUAAACUGAACUACAGCCCUGCAGGUAUCUGUUUGUGGUGUGAAAUAGAUAAUCAACCGUUCGGACCUUUCUGGUUCCAAGUUAAGACAGUGCAAUACAGAAAUGAUGAAGUUAUUGUGAAAGUUAAAUGUGUGAGACACAUAACAGAUGCAUUUUUGGAAGCUGAGCCAAUAUUGACUGGUAAAGUUAAAGUAAAUGCAAAGGCCAGUAAGGUUGAACAAAGCACUGAAAGCCUUGGUGAAGCUGUAACUGCAAUAAAAGGGACAUUAGCUACUGCUCUAUCAAUUACAAAUGUAAAAGAAUUUGUAACAUUCCUGAUAGCAUUGGUUAUUGCAAUAUUUACAGGGAGUUCAGCAUUUAUAACAUUUCUGGGUAAUUUCACAUUGGCAUUGGUUAGAGAAACAUCUUAUCUCAUUAAGAAUUCAACACCUAUGUUCCUAGGGUUUCUGGAUUUUAUUAGUAAAAUAAUUGGUGGUUUCUAUAUUCUUCUGGCCAUGUUCUUCAGGCCAAAACCGGAUCCACCUACUAAUAGGAGAAGAAUAUCUUACUAUGCGGAACCUAACCAUACUAACUUUGAUAGUAGAUGUAUUGACUGAAUGAAUUUUAUUAUUAUCUUACCUAUUCUUUAUAAACAGGGGCCUUUUGUGAUUUUUAGAUCUCUUAAGUUGGUGCACCAAAUAUUUUGACGCUUUUUUUAUAGUGCUGUUGCUACAGCCAGCUUUUAUUGUCUGUACAUUAUUGUAUAAAAACUAUUUAUUAUUUAAGCAUUCCAAGGUUUACUGAACCUUCAUGUGGGUAUUAGAGGGAGAUUUAGUAAAAAUAGUAUAUACCUGAUGGUGAGACUGGAAUAAAACAACUUAUUGUGUAUUAAAAUUAUUUAUUUAUUUAUAAGACCCUGUACUAUUGUAGAAUGUGUUGUGUUGUUACCUAUUAACUAUUAUUUGUUAUAUUAUGUAUGACUAUUACUGCGGGAAAGAGGUUAAUGAAUUAGUUUAUUACAGAAAAUAUACUUUUUGUAUCACA